AUGGGGGACAUCGAGAAGGGCAAGAAGAUCUUCGUGCAGAAGUGUGCCCAGUGCCACACCGUGGAGAAAGGGGGCAAGCACAAGACCGGCCCCAACCUGAGGGGGCUCUUCGGCCACAAGACUGGCCAGGCCCCGGGCUUCUCCUACACCCACGCCAACAAGAACAAAGGCAUCACCUGGGACGAUAUGCUGAUGGAGUACCUGGAAAACCCCAAGAAGUACAUCCCCUGGACGAAGAUGUUCUUCGCCGGCAGGAAGAAGAAGACGACGGAGGGCCGACUUUGA